CACCCCUGGUAUAUCCGAGGGGUCCUAUUGGUCACAGCUCCGUGAGCUCAGGUGGCCUUCCUUGCUGGGGCUCACAGAGGGGGUGGAGAUGACCUGGGGCUAGGUCCAGGGGUCAGGGCCAGUGGGUGGGGCCACAAGGGAAGGUGCUCAAGAGCAGUGGGUGCCCCUGUGCAAGGCCCCCCCCAAGAUGGCGGCCUCCUGCAGCCCCCUCCGCGGGGCUCUCCAAGUGCUCGCUGUCUCCCAGUGGGUCUUCUCCUUCUUAGCGCUCGCCCAGGUGUGCCUGGUGGCCUUGAUCUUUGUGCUCCUGAGCCGGGCCUGGACCCUUGGGGUCCUCUACCUGGUCUGGCUGUACUGGGACAGGGACACACCCAGGACUGGAGGCCGCCGCUCUGCCUGGGUCCGGGACUGGGCCGUCUGGAGACACUUCCGGGACUACUUCCCCAUCUCGCUGGUGAGGACGGCCCCGUUGGACCCCUCCCAAAACUACCUCUUUGGCUUCCACCCCCACGGAGUCCUGGCGGUCGGGGCCUUCAGCAACUUCUGCACAGAGGCCACGGGCUUCUCCCGCCUCUUCCCUGGGCUCCGGCCGCACCUGCUCAUGCUGCCCUGCUGGUUCCACCUGCCGCUGUUCCGGGACUACAUCAUGUCCAGUGGUCUGGUCUCCUCUACCAAGGCCAGUGCUGCCUAUCUGCUGUCCAGGCCAGAGGGCGGCCAGGUGGCUGUCCUGGUCGUGGGCGGCGCUCUGGAGGCGCUGGAAGCAAAACCCGGAGGCCUGAGCCUGCGGAUCCGCAACCAGAAGGGAUUCAUUAAGCUGGCGCUGGAGCAGGGGGCCUCCCUAGUCCCUGUCUUUUCGUUCGGGGAGAACGAGCUCUUCCGGCAGUGCCCGAACCCGCCGGGCUCCUGGUUGCGCCGCGCACAGGAAGCGCUGCAGCCGCUGCUGAGCGUGGCCCUGCCGCUGUUCCACGGCCGCCUGGGGCUCCUGCUGCCCUUCCGCGCGCCCGUCCACACUGUCGUGGGGGCGGCGAUCCCAGUGCAGCGAUGCCCGCGGCCAAGCCAAGCGCAGGUGGACGCGCUGCACGCGCUCUACGUGGAGCGGCUCACGCAGCUGUUUGAGGAGCACAAGGCGCGCUACGGUGUCCCCGCGGACAGGCACCUCGUCCUCACCUAGCGGGACCUCCCGCCAUCAGGCCCCUCCCCUCCCCUGGGCGACUGCGGGUGGGGGAGUGGAAUUAAAGGUGGGAGAGACCCGUGUC